GGGGUGCGUCUUGGAAGCUGCAGUUCUCUGUCUGUAUUGGCUAACGCCACGUAACACUCUUACGUUUCAUAGCACUUCCUUACAGAGCAAUCAGUUAACGUGCUCGCCUGUUGUGCGUGAUGUGUUUUGGGUUUUUGAUGAAGCUAUAGUUUCCCCAAGAUAGUAAAGUCCUUCAGCUGUGAUAAGGUUUGGAAGUUAUGGAGGAGCAGAAUCCUGGGAUCAAAGCUCUGGAGUCUUUUCGAGUAGAGCAGGCACCUCCAACUGUCUACUAUGUCCCAAAUUUCAUCUCUAAGUCUGAAGAAGAUUAUCUCCUGCAACAGGUCUACAGUGCACCUAAACCCAAGUGGACUCAGCUGUCUGGAAGGAGACUGCAGAACUGGGGUGGACUGCCUCAUCCUAGAGGCAUGCUUGCAGAAAGUCUUCCAGGGUGGUUGAAGAAGUAUGCUGAGAAAAUUUCUUCAUAUGGAGUAUUUGAUGGGACAAUAGCCAACCACGUGUUAGUGAAUGAGUACAAUCCUAGGGAAGGCAUAAUGCCUCAUGAAGAUGGGCCUCUCUAUUUUCCGACUGUAACCACUAUAAGCCUUGGAUCCCACACCUUGCUAGACUUUUACCAUCCAGUCAGGAGGGGAGACCAGGAAGAGGAGGCCAGCAUACCUCAGACAGAGGAGAAUCGCUACUUUCUGUCCCUUCUGGUAGAGCCACGUAGCCUUCUGAUUCUACGAGAUGAAAUGUACAUCACAUAUCUUCAUGGGAUAAAACCAGUGUAUGAGGACAUUGUUAAUGAAAACAUUGCAAACAUUAAGGCAACUAAUGCCAGCAUAGGAGAUGUCCUUCAGAGGAGCAGACGAGUAUCUCUUACUAUUCGACAUGUCCCAAAGGUCUUAAAAACAACAUUGAUCUUAGGAAGGAGGAAAUGAUAUGAGAUAAUGUAAGAUGUGAUGUUCUUGUGUGAUGCCUGGUAGGGAUUUUGGUGCGAGACAGAGUACAACAAGAUAUAUACUAUACUGCAUUCAUUUUAAUAGCAGGAGCUAGUUAGCAAAUUCCUAGCAGUUUAAGGGACUGGCAAUGCGGAAUUUCAGAAUGCAGGCAGUCUCAUUUUUUUGCAAAUGUAGUUUGUGUGGAAAUAAAAGCACAUUCUGGACAUUUUUUGCCAGCAGAUCUGGAGGGGCUAUAGUGAACUAUCAUACAUCUCUUAGUCAAGAUGGAAAACAUCAUAACUUAAUAUCAAUUAGCAAAUCACUGUUCAAAACAGUGAAAAAAGGUAGGAAAUUGUUUUCACUUGUAUCUCUCAAUAUGAGGAUUCUACAUACUACCUAAGAUGUCAUACAGACUCAGAUAAAGAGAACAUUUUAAAAAAUGAAAUUCAUUUUUUCUUUCUUCUUUCAGUUACAUGACCUUGAAACAAAGUAUAGUACAUAAGAAAAUGAUAUGCUCUAACAUACUAAGACAUUAAUAUUGUAUAAAUGAUGUGGGAGCAAUUUAAAAACUAGUAAGAGGGAAAUUAAAUCUUAAUAUUGACAUCUUUGUAAGCAUCUGUAUAUUUUCUAAAUAUUUUAAUUUUUAUAUAUGACCAUAUGUGAAACUUGUUCAAAUCUGCCGUAAUAUGUGGAUGUGCGAACAUAAUUUAAAAUGACAGUACUCAUAUUCUUUUGUUUUUUAGAGUACAUGUUAUUGCUUUCACAAUUAACAAUGGCAUUUCAAAGAAGACAUCAGAUGAUUUCUGUGUGAAAGUAAAAGUGAACUCUUCUUCGUUUGAUGUAUUUUUGUAUUGAAUAUUGCUGGGCAGUUCCAUCUGUUUAGGGUGACAAUGCAAUGUCCAAUGUCUGAUUUGCAACAUUGUACAGUGUUGUUUACAGAAAUUAUAUAUACGUGAUUUUAUACAAAAGUACUUCAAUAAAAUGUAAUAUAAUGUCA